AGGGGGCGCUUCUUGUUCAGUCUCGUUAAAUAAAGAAUCCAAGUUAAAGUAAAGAGGGAGGGAGAAUAGCAGAAAAUCGCUCGCAAAAUCUGAUAUCUGAGUGCGUGGGAGGCUUGAAAUUGAAUGGCUUCUGGCACAGAGAGUGACGAAACAGCCGAUACUCCACCCUUGACAAAUACCAUAUACAAGGACCCAGAUGACGGCCGACAACGCUUCUUGCUUGAAUUGGAAUUCGUCCAAUGUCUUGCAAAUCCCACCUACAUUCACUAUUUGGCUCAAAAUCGUUAUUUUGAAGAUGAGGCGUUCAUUGGGUACUUGAAAUAUCUUCAAUAUUGGCAGCGUCCUGAGUAUACGAAAUUUAUAAUGUAUCCUCAUUGCCUAUUUUUUCUUGAGCAACUUCAAAAUGCCAACUUUCGCAACGCAAUGGCCCAUCCUGUUAACAAGGAAUUGGCACAUAGGCAGCAAUUCUACUUUUGGAAGAACUAUAGGAACAACCGUUUGAAACAUAUAUUACCGAGACCCCUUCCUGAACCUGUUGCUGCACCUCCUACUCCUGCUCCACCUCAGCAACCUGUGCCUCCUGUGCCAGCUACAACUGUUUCGGUGACAGCAAAUGCUCCAGCCCCUUCUCCUAUGCAGUAUGCUGUUCCCCCUGGGUCUGCUCUUGCAAAAAACGAAGCAAGGAAUAGUGGGGUUGAUCGAAGAAAGAGGAAGAAAGAAGGUUAACUUGACAGUAUCAUACAUAAUAACAGCAAUGGAAAAUAUAUCAGGUGAGGAGAAUGGUCAAGAACUGAAGGUGCAGGACUUUCCAUCUUUCAGAGAGAUUUUGACAUUAUAAUGUUAGUUCCUUUGAGACACUUUAUGAGCACACGUGGGAGUUCGUGAGACUGUGACCAUAGCACAAAACUUUUAGAAGAUCAUCUGGUAGUUAUCUUUGUACUGUAUUUUAUACCUCGUAAGUUGUAAGAUUGCCUACUUAUGGUUGGAAUAGAUUGCUUGGAGGAUAAUUUAUUUCCUCGAAUAGUUUUGAUUUCGUUGAGGUGCCUAACUCAAAAAUGUCCUUUGAUUGUGUUGUCAAUCAA